GAGAACCACGAAGUAAGAUUGAUGCAAUAUUAUUUAACUUACAUGUGUACAUGGUUCGAUCUCUGCGAUUCCAGCCGCCACUUUGCCAACAUUGUCCCCCCUCGAGCAGCAUCUUGCCCGACUCUCCUGAAUGCUAUCUUUGCCCUGUCCUCCAGACAUCUCAGCCUCAACGCGCAAUAUGACCCCUACGCCUCUGAUCGGUACCAUCAAGCGUGUCUCAAACACUUGACAACAAUCUCAAACGACUCCUCCGCCCUCAACGAUGACAAUCUGCUAGCAGCGACUAUUCUUCUUCGAACUCUCGAAGAACUCGACGUUCCCCUUAUCGGCACCGAUCACGAAGGUCACCUGUUAGGAAUACAGCUAUUCAUGAACACUUGUGACUCUACAACAACGCCUAGUAGCCUCCGCUUAGCCUCCUUCUGGAUUGGCAUGAGACAAGAGGUAACGAUGAGCUUCGCGAGCCAAAGGCCUGUCAAGAUCAGGCUCGACCAUGGUUUCAUGGAUCGGUCUCUCUCUGAAGCCGACGAUGAUACAUGGGCAAAUCGCAUCAUUGUUCAUAGUGCAGAUGUUAUAAACUACUGUUUUGGAAAUAACGGUCCAAAUAGACACCACUACCAAGAGCUGGUUGACUAUGAUCAAGCUUGGCUACGAGCCCGGCCAGUGUCAUGGCUGCCUAUUGCCUAUAGUGCUUCGGACGAGAGCUUGGGCGAAGCCUUUCCACAUAUCAUUUAUUUAAACCACGCUGUUGUCAUCGGCCAAGUUCAUAGCAUAUUUGCUCGCAUUCUCCUCAUGUGCCAUGAUGACCGGGUACCACGAAUUGGACCAGCUGCUCAGCUAGCUCGGAAGCAAAUCGACGACGAUAUCCGAACCCAAGUCCGAGAGCUUUGCGGAAUAGCUCUCUCGAAUCCCUCCACAAGACCCGCCACGUUUACGGCCUGCAUGGGGGUGACGGCAUGUGGAGAUCGAUUUACCGAGAGACGGGACCAGGAAGCGUUAUUGGAUGUGUUGAUGUUGACCCAGAAUACCCAUUCCUGGCCCACUGCUUCAGCACAGGACCAUUUGAAGAAAGCAUGGGGCUGGGUGGAUUUAUGAUCCAUUCAACCUUGAAAAAGUACUGGUAUUAUAGCUUCAGUCAAUUUUAUCCGGUAGAAUAGUCUUUAACACAAUGG